AUGGGAAGUGUUAACGUAAAUCGUAACGUCAGCGAUGCGUUUUACCGCUAUAAGAUGCCGCGGAUCCAAGCCAAAGUAGAAGGUAAGGGGAACGGCAUUAAAACCGUGAUCGUGAACAUGGUUGACGUCGCUAAAGCGAUUGGAAGACCUGCCACGUAUCCUACCAAAUACUUUGGCUGCGAGCUCGGUGCGCAAACCCAAUUCGAUUUCAAAAACGAGAGAUUCAUUGUAAACGGUUCGCACGAUGCAACGAAACUGCAAGAUCUUUUAGAUGGGUUUAUUCGUAAAUAUGUACUGUGUCCGGCUUGCGAUAACCCCGAGACUGAGCUAAUGGUUAGCUCAAAGAAAGGAACCAUCUCGCAAGGAUGCAAAGCGUGCGGUUACCAUGGAUUACUGGAAAGCAAUCAUAAAUUGAACACCUACAUCUUGAAGAAUCCACCGAGCUUGAAUCCAGCUGUACAAGGUAGUUCUUUAACUGAAGGUAAACGCGGGAAACGUUCGAAACGUGCGAAUGGUGAAACAACCACCACUACGACCACCGCUACCGCUAAUGGUGAUCGAUCUGGUUCUCCGGAAAACGAUAACAACACCAACGACAUCGUAGUCGAGGCUCCUGAAAAGAUGGCGGACGAGGACGGAGAUGAUGAUAAUUGGGCAGUUGAUGUGUCAGAGGAGGCGGUCAGAGCUCGUCUACAAGACUUAACGGAUGGAGCAAAAGGAAUGACUAUCAGCGAUGAUCUCGAUAAGACUGAGAAAGAGAGGAUGGAUAUGUUUUAUAAGUUAGUCAAAUGUCGUCGAGAUGCCGGGCAAUUGGACAACCAUAAAGAAUUGAUCACAGAAGCUGAGCGUCUAGAAAUCAAGACGAAAGCCCCAUUGAUUUUGGCCGAACUACUCUUCGAUCAGAAUAUUGCUGCUCAAGCCAAAAAGUAUCGUGUACUUCUCCUUCGUUUUACCCACGAUGAUAUCAAGGCACAGAAAUAUUUAAUUAGAGGAAUCGAGCAAGUGAUAGCCCUCCAUAAAGAUGCUUUGAUGCCGAAAGUACCUGGCAUUCUAAAGCUCUUUUACGAUGCUGAUAUUCUGGAAGAAAAAGCUUUGUUCGAAUGGUCUAAUAAAGUGACUAAAAAAUAUGUAUCAAAAGAUUUAUCCCAAGAAAUUCACGAUAAAGCUGCACCGUUUUUAACCUGGUUACAAGAAGCAGAAGAAGAGGAUUCUGAACCAGAAGAGGAAGACGACGAUUUGGAGAUUGAAUACGAUGAUAGAGCCAAACAAUCGCUAAAACCACAACAAUCACCGCCUGUGCAACAGAAACCUGCUGUAGUUAAUGAAGAUUCAGAUGACGAAGAUGAUUUUGAUAUUGAUGCCAUUUAAACAAAAAAAAGAUGAAAAGAUGCUCAGUAGUCGGACAUAAGAAUAGAAGAAAGAUGAUAGAAAAAAAAAAAGAUAUGUCCGAUAAACGAUGACUAACGAUCAUUUUCUCACACGAUACAAAGAGUCGCAAUGCAAUCUCUUAUUAUAACAUAGCAUUUUGUUAUUUUAGGCCAAGGAGUGAUUAUAAAUGCCAUUACAUGUAUGGGAAAUUUUAACUGUUCUCAAGUUAGCAAUAUUUAUCUGUACGGUAAUACUUUUAAUUGUUUUUAAUAAGGCGAUUACGAAUUACCUAUAUCAUUAUUCCUAAUUAAUUAUUGAGAGAUUUAAAAAAAAAAAAAUGAAGACGAAUGAUGCUUCUAUACAUUGAUAUACGCAUCUCUUUUAGAAGAAAAAAAAAUAUUGAUAGUUCUCUGCCGUUAAUGGGAAGUUGGCCUGCUAAAAGCGUUCUCUAUUGUAUCUAUUUACUAUUCAAAUAAAUAUGGUUUAUCGCAAUGUA